AUGAGUUUACUAAGUGAUUCAGCAAAAGGAACACUGAAGGCUCUUGUGCACUAUGAUGGAGUAUGGGAUGAGCAUUUUAAUUACUCCAACUACAAGAUGAAAGGAAUACUGAUAAGGGAAAACACAACCUUUGAAGAAAUUAAGGAAUUGAUAGCAGGUAAACUAGAGGUAAACAGUUGGGAAACCAAAAUGGAAAUCAGAUUUCAGUUAGAAAGCAACUACCAAACUUUACAAAUUGAAGAUAAUGUCAGCCUGCAAUUCUACAUUGAAAUGAAAAAAGAUGAACCGCGAGUAACCAGUUUUCCAUUAUGUGUUACAACAAACAAAUUUGAAGGUCAGCCACAAAUACAAAAUAUCAACAGUGAAGCUUCUAUUGGAAUUAUUGAAGAACAAUUUGUGGAUACAACGUCUAGUAGUGGCACUGCAAUUGAUAUUAUAAAAUAUGCAGAAAUAUUAUACAACCAGACAAGAAAAGAAGAUGAGGAAGCUGAAAGUAAACCACAAGAAAUCAACAUCGUCACUGAUCCAAAAAUAACAGAAAUCUAUGUUGGACAGAUCUUCAAAGACAAAAAAACUAUGAAGACAAGUUUCUGUUUCUACACGAUUGCUAACCAAUUUCAGUAUAAAGUUAGUAAGUCUUGCAAAAGAGAAUAUAUAGUCAUUUGCAUUGAUGAAGAUUGCAGGUGGACAGUGAGAGCUUCAAGAGAUGGAAAGACAAAUAUGUUUGUGAUUAGAAGAAUGAUAAACAUCCACACAUGCCCACCAAAUAUAAGAAUGGAUGACAAAAGGCAAGCAACAGCUUCAAUAAUAGGGGAACAUAUAAAAAUGAAGUUCUUGGAUAUAAAAACAAUCUAUACUCCAGCUGAUAUUAUUGCAGAUAUUCAGAGAGAUUUUGGGAUUGUUUUGAGUUACAAUAGGGCAUGGAGGUCAAAAGUAAAGGCACUAAACCAAAUUAGAGGUAGUCCGCGCGACUCGUAUUCAAUUUUGCCUGGAUAUUUGCACAUGCUUCUACAAACUAAUCCAGGAUCAGUUGUAGAUCUUCAUACAACUGAUGAAAACAAAUUUGAAUAUAUGUUUAUGGCUCUAGAUGCUUCUAUUAAAGGUUGGAGAUACUGUAGACCAAUAAUUGUAGUAGAUGGAACAUUUUUGAAGUCGAACUACGGUGGAACAUUAAUAACAGCAAGUACACAAGACGGAAAUGGUAAGAUUUUCCCCCUUGCUUUUGCAGUUGUUGAUUCCGAAAAUGAUGAUUCCUGGGAAUAUUUUUUUUUAAAAUUGAAAGAAGCAUUUGGUGGAAGAAAUGGGCUGUGUAUUGUUUCAGAUAGGCAUUUGAGUAUAUUGAAUGGGGUCAAAAAGGUUUUUCCUGAAGCAAGUCAUGCAAUAUGUAUGUACCAUUUGCUAAGUAACAUCAAAUCAAAGUUCAAACACGAUCCGGAUACAUUGAGAGACUGUUUCUAUGGAGCUGCAAGAUCAUACACAACUAAGGGAUUUGACUACUACAUGAAAGAGCUUGAUGCCAUUAAUGCCGGAAUUCGAAAGUACCUAACAGAUAUUGGGAUCGAGAAGUGGGCAAGAGCACAUUGUAAAGCUAAUAGGUACUCGACAAUGACAUCGAAUAUCGCCGAGUCUUUGAAUGCAGCAAUCAAAGCAGCUAGGGAAUUACCAAUAACAACGCUCCUUGAAAGUUUGAGGCGUUUGAUGCAAGAAUGGAGUUAUGCUAACAGAAAUAUUGCAAUUUGUACAUUUACUAAGCUGACAAACAAAGCAGAACAUGAACUCAGAAAUCACUAUGCAUCAUCUUUAAGAAUGAAGGUAAAUUUUCAAUUACAAUUUCAAUUGGAUGAAAUGCCAUGUCCACAUGCUAUUGCUAUAUUAAGCAAACUACACCAAGAACCAUAUCAAUACUGCUCAGACUUUUUCACUAAAGAAAAUAUGCUUGCCACAUAUGAAGGAGUUGUCUAUCCAAUGCCUAGCCAAAAUAAUUGGGAUUUACCUGCCAAUGUUGAAAGUAUGGAAGUUCUUCCGCCAAUAGGAGCAAUUCCAGCAGGAAGACCAAAGAAAAGAAGAAUCACGGCACCAAAUGAAAUAAAGAAGACAAAUCAGUGUGGAAGAUGCAAACAAAGAGGACAUAAUAAGAAGACAUGUAAAAAUAUACCAAAAUAA